AAAAAAUUUAAUAUAAAACAGGUGUAUCAAUGUUCAGAAAUCAAAUUCUACAAACUGCUUCAACAUGAAGGUGUUCGUUCUUCUGUCCAUGGUUGCCUUGUGCAGCUGCUUACCAGCAUCCAGAAACCAAGCCCAUUACGGCCAGCAGCAGAACUAUGGCGACGUAGAGAACAAUCAAUACAGCAGCCACCCCGUCUACAACUUCUGGAAGACUUGGAACCAGCAACACAAUGGACAAGAACCAUGGAACCAAUGGGUAGAGAAUGGUGCCCAAAACCAACCUGGUAACUACUGGAGGCAGUACGCUCAAGCUCAAUCUCAAGUUCAAGCUCAAGCUCAAGCUCAAGCUCAAGCUCAAGCUCAAGCUCAAGCUCAAGCUCAAGCUGGAAACGUAGCUUUGCCAUGGAUGUAUCACAUUUGGAACGUCCAAGAUCUUAACGAACUAUCUCCAGUUCAACGUGUACAGUUGCUCCUCAACUAUGCUAGACUUCACCAGCAAUGGAACCAAUAUGGUUCAGAUGCAUCAGACAAUGAAUAUAUGCAACAUGUUUUGUACCAACAUCUUCCUGGACAGGCACAAUCCUACUCCCAUGACCAAAUUGUACCAUACGUCAUGCAAUACUUCAACCAAAACCCAAUGAAAUAUAACGACAUUAUGCAUGAAGUAAUGCAAACCCCAUGGGCACACCAACAACUUAUUCACCACGUUAUGUCUGAAUUAAAUCAACAUUACGGUCAAGCCCCAUGGUCUCACGAACAAAUCCAAAACCAGGUUAUGCAGCACCAACUUGUAUACGGAUCUUCCAAUUCACAACAGCAACUCCAGCAGUUAGUAGAAUUUAUUCACCACAUCCAAAACCAACUUACUCCUGUACAUUACCAACAACUUGAACAUGUUCAACCUUUGAACUCUGAACAAACCCUUCCAUGGCAUCAAGGACAAGUAUACUCAUGGACCCAUAACCAAGUUCUUCCAUUAAACUACGAAACCGUUCAACAAAGAUAUCAACAUGCUCAACCACAGCUUUACCAACAAUCUCAAUCAUACUACCAUAGCAACGUUUUACCAUGGACACAAUCAUACUCUCAAAGAACCAGCAUGAACCCACAAUCUCAUUAUAGCUACAAUCUCCACCAACAACAAAUUCCACAGUCCAUGGAACAACCUGGAUGGUGGAACCAACAAAAUGGAUGGUGGAACCAACAAUACAACCAGAAUAUGAUUCCACAAGGACAUCAAUAUGCUGCUGUGGGUCAUCAUAUGGCUUUAGUGCAUUAAAAAUUAAAACGUUAUAACUCAAAAUAUAAAUAAAAUAAUACAUUUUCA